AUAUAUUUGCCUUUUGACGUUUGUGGUGUGCCGAUCAGCUGAUCAAACAUUAUUUGUCAUGAGUGGAAGUGUCUUUUUGACAUGUUUACAGUAAUAAAUUAGCAAAAAUUUCGAUAAUGUAAAUUCCAACAACACUAAAAACCCACAUCACAAUCCGAGAUUUUUGCCAAGAAGUCAAUUUUAGCGUCUAAACUAGCCCCCUUCACAAUGUCGGGCCCCUCGAAUAGUGCCCCCAAACAGCGUCAUAGUAUCGCCGGUGCUCACCCAGCUGUCGAAUCCUCUCGUCGACGUCCAUCAUUUCUAACUCUUCAUAUUCCGGAAACAAACUGGAGAGGUUCUUUAAGUCAAUUGCAUUUACCAACUUUCACCCUCACAACACCCGAAGGCGACCAAAGUAACAAAAAAUUCAGCUUUGGACUUGGAAUCAGGCGACAUUCACAUACCACGCUGCACCGCAGUGAGUCGAUGGUGUCUUUGUGUUUCCGGACUCUGUCAGGAUUCAUCAACGACGACAACCUCCAAGGCCUCAAAAACCUCCUUGAGAACAAGCAAGUCCAGGUCGACGACCGCGACGAGAAUGGCACUACGGCCCUUAUGCUCGCCGCGACGAAGGGCCGUUCGGCCUUCGUCCGCGAACUCUUGGCCUAUGGCGCCGACGCCAACGCCGAAGAUUGCGACUCGUGGACGGCCCUUCUGUGUGCCUCCAAAGAAGGGCACGCGGAUAUCGUCCUACAACUCCUCGAACAUAACGCCAACAUUGAGCACCGAGACAUGGGCAAUUGGACGUCUCUGAUGUGGGCCACGUACAAAGGGCGCACCGACGUGGUGAACCUCCUCCUCGAAAAGGGGGCUGAGGUGAAUGCCCACGGGAAUUACCACAUCUCUUCGCUAUUGUGGGCCGCAGGUCGGGGCUACACGGAGAUCACCGCGGCUUUGAUCAGUCACGGGGCCAAAGUGAAUGUGGGGGAUAAGUAUGGGACGACGGCCUUGGUGUGGGCCUCGAGGAAGGGCUACACUGAGAUAGUGGCAAUGUUGUUGAGAGCGGGGGCGAAUGUGGAUACGGCCGGGAUGUACUCGUGGACGGCUUUACUGAUGGCGACUCAAGGGAAUUUUGUCGAUGUUGUGAACCUUCUCCUGGAGUAUAAACCGAACGUUAAUGCGUUAGAUAAAGAUGGAUGCAGUGCACUCACGAUCGCUUGUAAAGAAGGCAAUAAUGAGAUUGUCACAGCUCUAAUCGCCGCCGGGGCUUACAUCAAUAUACAAGACCGUUUCGGCGAUACCAACCUAAUCCACGCCGUCAAAGGCGGCCAUCGCUCCUGCGUCGAAUCCCUGCUGAAAAAAUACGCCGACGUGGACAUCGCCGGCAAAGAUCAAAAAACGGCAAUUUACAUGGCGGUCGAAAAAGGCAACAUUGCUAUCGUCAAACUCCUUUUAAGCGCAAAUCCCGACCUCGAAAUCGCAACCAAAGAUGGCGACACUCCACUUUUGAAAGCUGUACGUUCUCGUAACGCCGAAAUCGUUCAAUUACUACUCGACAAAAAAGCAAAAGUCUCGGCUGCUGACAAAAAAGGCGAUACGGCUUUACAUAUCGCGAUGAGAGCGCGUUCGAAAGGAAUUGUUGAAAUUUUAUUACGUAACCCGAAACAUAGUCAACUGCUUUACCGGCCGAAUCGGGCCGGGGAAACCCCAUACAAUAUCGAUAUUAACCACCAGAAAACAAUCCUCGGGCAGAUUUUUGGUGCAAGGCGGUUGAACACCAACGAAGACAAUGAAAAUAUGUUAGGUUAUGAUUUGUAUAGUAGCGCACUUGCUGAUAUUUUAAGUGAGCCUUCACUCUCGAUGCCGAUUACCGUAGGGCUUUAUGCGAAAUGGGGUAGUGGUAAAUCGUUCCUUCUUAAUAAAUUGAGAGAAGAAAUGAAGAAUUUUGCACGAGAAUGGGUGGACCCAGUGUUUCAAUUUACAAGUCUCAUGUUUCUGGUUUUGUUGCAUUUUUCGCUGAUUGUGGGCACUAUAGUCGGACUUACGGUCCAAAACUGGAUCAUUGGGCUGUCAACAGCAGUGGCUUUUCUUUUAAUUUCUUACAUUUUCCUCGCUUUGGUCUGGUUUGCUAAUAAAAGAUACGACUGGGAUUGGCCCUACAAUUUCAACGUGAAACUGACCCGGAAAUUGAAUAACAUCAAACUGAUUUUGCAAGUUUUGUUUUGUAAUCCACCAGGAGCGGUGCCCUAUGAUGGAGUUUCCGCCAAUCCCAUCAGAUUUUAUUUCACUGACCAAACUCGAGUAAGUAGUACGGCCGGUGGUGAAAACUCAGUCGUCCAAAUGAUUGGAUCUUUGUACGACGCUAUAGAAAAUGAUUACGGGGCGUUAGCCACUCGACUAUACCGAGCUUUUAAGCCAAAACCAGUGAAAUCAUCAUCGACUUGGAAACUACGCAAAGUGUGUUGCGUCCCAUAUGUUGCCCUUUUUGAGAUAAUUUUUCUCUGUGUAUUAGUCGGAACUUGUGCCUUGACUGUGUACUUAGUCCACGUCAAUUCUGAUGAUAAUAACUCACACGAAAUGGUCCGUUUUACUCUUCAGAUUGUUUUACUCACCGAUGCACUUCUUUUGGGUGUCGCUGUAGUCGCAAAUGUCUACACUUGGAGCAAAUUAUUUAAGUCUGUAUUAUUUUCGCAACGACGCCAUCUGCAACGAACCAUAGCCAGACUCGAGACGCUUAAGUCGGAGGGCUUUUUACAAGCUCUAAGACAAGAGGUGAAUUUAAUGAAAGAUAUGGUGAAAUGUUUGGACAGUUUGAGUUCACAACAGACUCGUUUAGUUAUAGUCGUCGAUGGUUUGGAUAGUUGUGAACAAGACAAAGUCUUGUUAAUUUUAGACACCGUUCAUAUGUUAUUCUCAGACGCCACUAGCCCGUUCAUUGUGAUAUUAGCAAUAGAUCCUCAUGUUAUAGCAAAGGUGGCUUGGGAACAGGCUGUUGAAAUGAACACAAGGCGAUUGUUUAGCGAAAACAACAUCGGCGGCCACAAUUACUUAAGCAACAUGGUGCACCUACCCUUUUACUUGCAAAAUUCGGGGCUGCGUAAAGUCAAAGUGGCUCAGCAGACUGCGCAGGCGCAUAGGAAGCAAACGGGUGCUUGGACCGAAAAUGAGGAAAGUCUUAGUAAUUUCUUGGCGCGUUCUUCGUCGAGUCGCCGAUUAUCAAGCGAGAGUGCCAUAAUGUCAAGUCAAGAGAAAUUAAAACCGCCAGGUCGGAAAAAUUCACGCAAACUUAAACUUUCCGAAUCGGUUGCGAGUUCAAUCGGGUCGAAUUUGAACAAAAUUGGAGGGGCACAAGACUUGACUAAGAUGCUGCUCACUGAUGAUUAUUUCAGUGAUGUUAAUCCAAGGUCGAUGAGGAGGCUUAUGAACGUUGUUUAUAUCACUGGAAGGUUGUUGAAAGCGUUUCAGAUUGAUUUUAAUUGGUACAGGUUGGCGUCCUGGAUUAAUAUAACCGAACAAUGGCCCUUUAGGACGUCUUGGAUUAUUUAUCAUUAUGAGUUGUAUGAGGAUGGUUUAGAUGACAAUACUUCACUUAAGUCAAUUUUUGAUAAAAUUCGACCCCACAUUCCAACUGUUAAAGACACCGAACCUCUCCUCGAGCUCGACAGAGACGAGAAGAAGUUUGAUAUUUUUCUUACUUUUCAUCGCUCAAGCUUGUUGGUUAGUGAUUUGAAAAUAUUUCUGCCGUUUACUAUUAAUCUAGACCCCUAUUUAAAGAAAGUAAUUAAAGAAGAAACUCAAUCUUUGGAUGAUGAUGGGUUAUUGAUGACAACCCCACGUAACUUAUCUGUGCUUCCAACAAUGUCAUGGUCGAAUCCAGCGAACCCAGAAUGGGUGUCAUCUCGACCAGGCCUAACCCGACGCAAUCGCCCAUCUUCCAAACCCACGAUGUACCAACAACCAACGGGGCUUAUUGGGUGGCCCUCCUAUGAACCAGUGCAAGUUACCAACCCGCAAAUGAUACCACUAGCCCCAGUGACAACACUUGCUCCGGAGGUUUUUGAAAAACGGUUAUCAACGCUAAGUGUGGAUGGAGUGUGCAAAUUGUUAGGUGUAAUGGAAGAUUUGGAUUCGGCCGCAGUUCCUGAUUAUUGUAAAGUGAUUAAACAGCACAAUAUUAGUGGAAAGGUUUUGCUUCAUUGUGAUUUAGAUGAGUUGAAAAAGUUGUUGAAUAUGUCGUUUGGAGAUUGGGAAAUGUUCAAAGUGUUGUUAAUUUCCUUGCGAGAGCAUGAAGUCAGUAAUGUUUUCAGGCACGACGAGACGACUAAGCGAGUACCUAAGCCCGAGCGUAAAACUAGCGUCACUAAAAACAGCCAGACUGAAAAAGACAGUAAGGAAAUAAACCAACGAAAACAAAGCGUAAUGGAAAAACAGGUGACUCUCGAAGAGCAGAUGAUUUGUGGUGCCCUCCAGACGUUGAACGAGGAAGCAUGCGAAGACGUCCUUGAAGAAACCGAAGAGAAAGAAACAAAAAUAACAAUCGAACCCGACGUUCCCCAAACAUCGGUGAUUCCUCCUAGUCCCGACUCGAAUCAAGAUUUUCCUCGAGGUUACCGUUCUCGUACGAACAGCUCGAGCGGCGUAGGUGAGACUGAGUUUGUUUUGUUACAAUCCUCGCCAAUAGGUCACAUGCACUGGCAACCUAUAAGUAUUUCAAUAGGAGGCAAUUCGGAGAGCCUAAGCGAACACAGUUCGAGGUGUAGUUCGCAGCCACCUUCACCCGUUACAGAACGCCGGUUCUCAAACGGUAUCAAACUCUCGAAUUUAAAAUCGAGCCACCAUUGUGAAGACGCGCCGAAAAAGGGUCGUCACGUGGUCAUCAAAACCGACUGUGGUGACCCCUCCCACAUAAGCGUGGUUUUCAACCAAUCAGACACCAAAACUCCCCUCCUCCAGGAGUUCAACGUGCGGCCAAACUCGCUCCAAUUGGUCAAAAGUGACAAGUCACAAAAACCCGUCAUGCGAAACCGAUCCAAGUCUAUAGACUGUCAAAAGAAGAAGAGUGAUAAAAAUUUCGAAAAGCUUCAUCGUUUGAAAGAAAAGUUACUUCACUCGAGCCCCGAAUUGAAUGAAAAUGCGAGCGAUAAUGAGAGCACUCCCCUCGUGUCUGAAGUAUCAACGCCGUCAAAGUCGGGUCAAAGCUCCGAAAUGAAAUCCUCAAACUCGAAUAGUUUUCCUCUGUCUCCCAUCUCACAGAAAAGUCUGUCACCUGAAAUUAAACAUCGGCAGACGCGAAGUGAACAAAAUUUAACAGAUACGACUGAUGUGAGCCCCGUUCUCUCAUUCCAUGACAAUUACUUAAGUAAUGUUGGUGGGAGUAGUAGUGGGGGGAAUAGCUUGUCCCCUAAAGUCACACUAACGCGGACCAUGUCCGAAUGUACUUCAGUUUCAGGAAUGAUCAGCUCCUGCAGUAAUAUUAGUCUACGUAGUAAGAAUUCACAAAGUUCUGGACAUCUGUCACGGCAAAACGCUUUAGAUUCCGAGGAAAAUCUUGCCGAUUGUUAUUGUGAUCCCAGUAGAGAAGGGUGAACACCUUUCUUUAUUUUUAAACAGUAUUUAUUUCGAAUAGAGCAAUAGAGGUCUAUUUAUAUUUUGUGAUUGUUAAUUAGACUUCCCCAAUAAAUCUGUUACAUUUA